AUGGAUAACCAACCCGACCCCCGCACGCAACAUUUCCCGUCCCACAGCGAGCCGCGGGUAUGGUUAAUCACUGCUGGAGAUUCGCCAAUUGGCAUCUCAGUUGCUCGGCAGGUGCUGGCGCACGGUGACUAUGCUCUGCUCGGGCUCGCCUAUUCGGUUUUGGAGCGUGAUCAGCGCCGGAGAGAUGGAUUCGAAAGCUUCAUGGCCGAAGUCCAGGCGCGUGGUGACGAAGGAUGGGAGAAGCGGAUGAAGGCCAUUCCGCUGGAUAUCAGAAUGAUGGGUGAAUGUCAAGCCGUUGUUGCCGAAGCCGUACAUGUAUUCGGUCGAGUCGAUAUCCUUCUUUGCUGCACGAGUCAAACUUUGGUCGGAACUGUCGAGGAGCUUUCGGCUUCUCAGCAAACCCUGAACCUCGUCCGCGAUCAGUUCGAAACGAAUUACUUUGGCCCACUCAAUAUAAUCAAGGCCGUGCUGCCACAUAUGCGGAAAGAGAGUUGCGGCCAUAUCAUGAUAGUAUCGGGGAUCACGGCGCAUAUUGGAACUCCUGGUCUUGGAAUGUAUUGCGCAUCCGGGUGGGCCCUGGAAGGAUUCUGUGAUAGUCUGGCAUUCGAGGUCGCGCCUUUCGACAUCAAGGUCACAAUCUUUCAAUGCAGCAUCGAAAUCGGUAUCCUGACAAACCUCGUCACAAGUGUACCACCAAUGGUCCCUGCAUACUCUCCUGCGUAUAACCAUGCCCCUCUAUUCCGGGGGAUACUCAAUCAUCUUGUUCCCCAGUUACCAGAUGCAAAAUUAGAAGGCCUCUCCGAGCCCAACCAUCAGCCAAGCGAACCGCAAAAUAGCAACCGCGUCAGCUCGGUCGAAAGUGGUCCAUUUUCUUCCCCGGAAGUUGUCUCUGUUCAUCCGCCGUUAAGCUCGGCUCAUCUCGAAGUGCUGGUAUCUGAGACAGUUUACGCCAUCACGUCGAUCGGGGGCCAUGAAAACCCACCUUCUCGGCAUAUAGUAGGCCAAGAGGGCGUCGCGAGCGUAAAGGAGAAGCUCAAGACUGUCAGCGAAGAGCUGGAGGACUUCAUUUCCGCUAGUUUUGCAGUGGACGUGGCAGCCGACUCAGAGCCUGUUCCGCCCCCUGGGACACUUGGCUAA